CUCCCGAGGAGAAGGAAGUCAUUAAGGGACAGUAUGGCAAGCUCACGGACGCGUACGGCUGCUUGGGAGAGCUCAGGCUGAAGUCUGGUGGCACUUCCCUCAGUUUCUUGGUGCUGGUGACAGGCUGCACGUCCGUGGGCAGAAUUCCCGAGGCUGAGAUCUACAAGAUCACAGCCAUCGAGUUCUACCCGCUCCAGGAGGCCAGGGAGGAGGAGCGCCUCGCCGCCCUGAGGAAGACGCUCAGCUCGGGGGCCUUCUACUUCGCGUGGCCCAGCGACGGCUCUCGCUUCGACCUGACUGUCCGGAGGCAGAAGCAGGAUGAUGACAGCGCUGAGUGGGGAAACCCCUUCUUCUGGAACCAGCUGUGGCACGUGCCCCUGAGGCAGCACCAGGUGAGCUGCUGUGACUGGCUGCUGAAGGUCAUCUGCGGGGUAGUAGCCAUCCGCACAGUGUACGCCUCGCACAAGCAGGCCAAGGCCUGCCUCAUCUCUCGCAUCAGCUGCGAGCGCGCCGGCGCUCGCUUCCACACCCGCGGCGUCGACGACGAUGGCCAUGUGUCCAACUUCGUGGAGACAGAGCAGACGGUUUACAUGGAUGAUGGCGUGUCGUCCUUCGUCCAGAUCCGGGGCUCCGUUCCGCUGUUCUGGGAGCAGCCAGGGCUUCAGGUUGGCUCCCAUCAUCUGAGACUCCACCGAGGCCUGGAAGCCAACGCCCCUGCUUUUGACAGGCACAUGGUGCUUCUGAAGGAGCAGUACGGGAAGCAGGUGGUGGUGAACCUGCUGGGAAGCCGCGGAGGUGAGGACGUGCUCAACAGAGCUUUCAAGAAGUUGCUCUGGGCUUCUUGCCACGCCAGCGACACGCCUAUGAUAAAUUUCGACUUUCAUCAGUUUGCCAAAGGCGGGAAGCUCGGGAAAUUGGAGAACCUGCUGAGGCCCCAGCUAAAGCUGCACUGGGACGACUUUGACGUGUUCACGAGGGGGGAGAGUGUGAGUCCACGCUGGCAGAAAGGCACUUUGCGGAUGAACUGUCUCGACUGCCUGGCCCGAACCAACACCGUGCAGCGCUUCAUCGCGCUUGAGGUCCUUCAGCUGCAGCUCGAGAGCCUGGGGCUCAAUUCCAAACCCAUCGUCGACCGCUUCGUGGAGGCCUUCAAAGCCAUGUGGUCCCUGAACGGACACAGUCUGAGCAAAGUCUUCACGGGCAGCCGGGCCCUGGAAGGGAAGGCCAAGGUGGGGAAGCUGAAGGACGGAGCCCGCUCGGUGUCCCGCACCAUCCAGUCCAACUUCUUCGAUGGAGUGAAGCAGGAGGCCAUCAGACUGCUGCUGGUUGGGGACGUCUAUGAUGAGGAAUCCACAGACAAGGGGAGGAUGCUCCUGGACAACACAGCCCUUCUGGUGACUCCCAGGAUCCUGAAAGCUAUGACCGAGCGCCAGUCGGAAUUCACCACUUUCAAGCGGAUCCGCAUAGCCACGGGGACCUGGAACGUGAAUGGGGGGAAGCAGUUCAGGAGCAACCUCCUUGGGACGGCGGAGCUGGCAGACUGGCUGCUCGACUCGCCCAAGCUCUCAGGGGCUGCCGAUUCCCAGGACAGCAGCCCGGCUGACAUAUUUGCUGUGGGGUUUGAGGAGAUGGUGGAGCUGAGCGCAGGGAAUAUUGUCAACGCCAGCACCACCAACAGGAAGAUGUGGGGUGAGCAGCUGCAGAAAGCCAUCUCACGCUCUCAUAGGUACAUCCUCUUGACUUCGGCGCAGCUGGUGGGCGUCUGUCUCUAUAUCUUUGUACGUCCGUACCAUGUCCCGUUCAUCAGGGAUGUGGCCAUCGACACGGUGAAGACAGGCAUGGGAGGCAAGGCGGGGAACAAAGGCGCCGUGGGCAUCCGCUUCCAGUUCCACGGCACCAGCUUCUGCUUCAUCUGCAGCCACCUGACAGCCGGGCAGUCGCAGGUGAAAGAGCGGAACGAGGACUACAGGGAGAUCACGCAGAGGCUCAGCUUCCCCACGGGGAGAAGCGUUUUUUCGCACGAUUAUGUGUUUUGGUGUGGCGACUUCAACUACCGCAUCGAUCUUACUUACGAAGAGGUCUUCUAUUUUGUAAAACGUCAAGACUGGAAGAAACUUCUGGAAUUCGAUCAGCUACAGCUACAGAAAUCAAGUGGAAAAAUUUUUAAAGACUUCCAUGAAGGGACCAUCAACUUCGGACCCACCUACAAGUAUGACGUUGGCUCGGCCGCCUACGAUACAAGUGACAAAUGCCGCACCCCGGCCUGGACAGACAGGGUGCUGUGGUGGAGGAAGAAGCGUCCUUUCGAUAGAACGGCUGGAGAACUCAACCUUCUGGACAAUGAUCUGGGUGCGGACACCAAAGUCAGACACACCUGGUCUCCUGGUGUCCUCAGGUACUACGGCCGGGCGGAGCUCCAAGCAUCUGAUCACAGGCCUGUGCUGGCGAUCGUGGAGGUGGAAGUACAGGAAGUCGACAUGAGUGCUCGGGACAGGGUGUUCCAGGAAGUGUCCUCUUUCCAGGGCCCCCUGGACGCCACCGUGGUGGUGAACCUCCAGUCGCCAACCUUAGAAGAGAAAAACGAGUUUCCCGAGGACCUGCGCACGGAACUCAUGCAGACCUUGGGGAGUUACGGGACGAUCGUGCUCGUCAGGAUCAACCAAGGCCAGAUGCUGGUGACGUUCGCAGACAGUCACUCGGCCCUCAGUGUCCUGGAUGUGGACGGUAUGAAGGUGAAAGGCAGAGCAGUGAAGAUUCGUCCCAAGACAAAGGACUGGCUGAAAGGCUUGCGAGAAGAGCUCAUUCGAAAACGGGACAGCACGGCCCCCGUGUCCCCCACCGCCAACUCCUGUCUGCUGGAGGAGAACUUCGACUUCACAAGCUUGGACUAUGAGUCAGAAGGGGAUGUUCUUGAGGACGAUGAAGACUAUGUGGUGGACGAGCUCAGCCAGCCUGGGAUCUCGGACGGGGAGCUGCUGGGAGACGACCUUUCCGAUGCCCCCAAUGCCGCGGCACUGGCACCUCCCAGCAAGUCACCUACACUCACCAAAAAGAAGCAGCAUCCGACAUACAGAGAUGAAGCCGACCUGGCGGAGCUAAAGCAGGAGCUGGAAGCCAUUGGGGAUUUCCGUCACCGCUCUCCAAGCAGGUCUCUGUCGGUCCCCAGUCGGCCUCGGCCACCUCACCCACCGCAGAGACCCCCCCCUCCAACCGGGCUAAUGGUGAAAAAGUCGGCCUCAGACGUGUCCAUCGCCUCUGGCACCCACGGCCAGUAUUCGAUUUUGCAGACAGCAAAACUUCUGCCCGGAGCACCUCAGCAGCCUCCCAAAGCCAGGACUGGGAUCAGUAAGCCUUACAACGUCAAGCAGAUCAAAACCACCAAUGCUCAGGAGGCGGAAGCAGCCAUCCGAUGCCUCCUGGAAGCCAGAGGAGCCUUGGAAUUUCCAGGUGCCCCAGAAGAAACCCUAGCUGCUAUGGCCCCUAAGAACCCAGGACCCUCCAGGGCAGAGCCCACACCUGGUGUGACCAAGUCAGAGACCUGCCAGGUGCCCACACUCCUGCCCCGUCGGCCCGCACCCAGAGUUCCUGCCAUCAAGAAGCCAGCUCUGAGAAGGACGGGAAAGCCCGUGUCACCAGAGGAACAGAGCGAGCAGGAGAUGGUGCGUUUUACAAUCGGGCCCCCGGAGGCGAGCCUUGAAACUCCUCCUCCAGAAACAGCCCUUCCAGCCCCUCCUGUUCCCAAACCGAGAACAUUUCAGUCUGGGAAAGGUGCAGAGAGGAACCCAGACGGAGGAAAGCCAGCACCAGAUGGGGACUCUCCUGUGGCAAGAGCCACCAUGCCGCCACCUCCAGAGGCUCCUUCUCUUGUGCCCAAGGUCCCCCCAAGGAGGAAGAAGUCAGCACCAGCAGCCUUCCACCUGCAGGUCCUGCAGAGCCACAGCCAGCUUCUCCAGGGGCUCACGUGCUGUGGCAGUGGCAUCGGCGAUAACUGCGGUGGUGGCGUAGGCGGUGGCGAUGGCCAUGCCUGUCCCUGCAGACCCCAGCUUGAUGCUGGUGCACUAUUUCCACCAGGGGAUAUUCUUGGCACGUCAUCUGCUAUAAGCCCUGAAACCGAGGGCACCAAAGUGAUCACGUCAGAGGCAGCCUCUCUUCUUGGUGAUUAUCAGGAUCCUUUCUGGAACCUUCUCCACCACCCUAAACUGUUGAGUGAUGCCUGGCUCUCCAAGAGCGCUGACCCUUUGGACACAAGGACUAACAGCCUUGAGAGGGCCCCGGAGCCGGUGCAGGUCUACACUGCAGCUGCCGCGGUGGAGCUGCCUCCCAACCAGGGUCCAAACACCUUCGGUCACUGGGUGACAGUAAGUGAUAAGGACAAGAGGACGACAUUGCAGGUGUUUGACCCACUGGCCAAAACAUGACCAGAAGCUUGAAGGGCACCCUUGCAGGCCGUGUGCCUCCUUCCCCGUGGCAGUGCU